AUGGGCCCCGCACAUAAGGGAGCGCAGCAUCGCGGAACUGCCGGGGAGCCGGAGGUGAUGGUGUCAGCUCUGGAAGGCACAGGCAAGGAGGGGAAGAAGGAAUCCUCAAAGAAGCGUUCAGUGGCUGGUUCUCAAGUGGAGGGCCUCCUGCAGCCCGUGAAGCUCAGCCGGGCAGAACUGUACAAGGAGCCUACCAAUGAGGAGCUGAAUCGCCUUCGGGAGACUGAGAGUCUGUUCCAUUCCAGCUUGCUUCGUUUACAGGUAGAGGAGCUGCUGAAGGAAGUGAGGCUGUCAGAGAAGAAGAAAGAGCGGAUUGAUGCUUUCCUACAGAAGGUCAACCAGCGGAUCAUGAGGGUGCCCUUAACCCCUGAGACAGAGCUGACCAACCAGGCAUGGCUCUGGGAUGGGGUUCGAGUACCCCUCCACCAAGUGCCCUAUACUGUGAAGGGCUGUUUCCGCUUCCUGCCCCCAGCCCAGGUCACUGUUGUGGGCAGUUACCUUCUGGGCACCUGCAUCCGGCCGGACAUCAAUGUGGAUGUGGCAUUGACCAUGCCCAGGGAGAUCCUACAGGACAAGGAUGGGCUGAACCAGCGUUACUUCCGCAAGCGUGCCCUCUACCUGGCCCACUUGGCUCACCACCUGUCCCAAGACCCACUCUUUGGCAGUGUUCGCUUCUCCUACACCAAUGGCUGCCACCUGAAACCCUCGCUGCUGCUGCGGCCGCAUGGGAAGGAUGAGCGUCUGGUCACUGUCCGUCUGCAUCCAUGCCCUCCACCUGACUUCUUCCGCCCGUGCCGCCUGCUGCCGUCCAAGAACAAUGUGCGCACUGCCUGGUACCAAGGGCAGAGUCCUUCAGAGGAUGGUAGCCCAGAGCCCCCCACCCCCCACUAUAACACAUGGGUCCUGCAGGACACAGCCCUUGAGUCCCAUGCACGGCUGCUAUCAACCGUGCUGGGCUCAGCCUCGGGGCUGAAGGAUGGUGUGGCACUUCUGAAGGUCUGGCUGCGGCAGCGGGAACUGGACAAGGGCCUGGGAGGAUUCAGUGGGUUCCUUGUCUCCAUGCUGGUUGCCUUCCUGGUGUCUACACACAAGAUCCAUACCACCAUGAGUGGCUACCAGGUCCUGAGAAGCACCUUGCAGUUUCUGGCCAGUACAGAUCUGACGGUCAAUGGGAUCAGUUUGUGCUUCAGCUCAGAUCCCUCCCUGCCGGCCCUGGCUGACUUCCACCAGGCCUUCCCUGUUGUCUUCCUGGACUCCUCAGGCCGUCUCAACCUCUGUGCUGAUGUCACUGCCUCCACUUGCCACCAGGUGCAGCACGAGGCACGGCUGUCUAUGGUGUUGCUGGACAGCAAAGCUGACGAUGGGUUCCAGCUGCUAUUGAUGACUUCCAAACCCAUGAUCCGGGCUUUUGACCACAUACUGCAUCUCCGUCCACUGAGUCGCCUGCAGGCAGCGUGUCACCGACUAAAGCUGUGGCCAGAGCUGCAGGAUCAUGGUGGGGACUAUGUCUCAGCUGCUUUGGGCCCACUAACCACCCUUCUGGAGCAGGGCCUGGGGUCCCGGCUGCACCUGCUGGCCCACUCUCGGCCCCCAGUCUCAGAGUGGGACAUCAGCCAGGAUCCACCGAAACACAGAGACUCCGGGGUCCUGACCCUGGGAUUGCUCCUUCGGCCUGAGGGGCUGACCAGUGUUCUGGAGCUGGGUCCAGAGGCUGACCAGCCUGAGGCUGCUGACUUCCGCCAGUUCUGGGGAUCUCGCUCCGAGCUUCGGCGUUUCCAGGAUGGAGCCAUUCGGGAAGCUGUGGUCUGGGAGGCAGCCUCUAUGGCCCAGAAGCGCCUUAUUCCCCACCAGGUGGUCACUCAUCUCUUAACGCUCCAUGCUGACAUCCCAGAUACCUGUGUCCACUAUACGGGUGGCCUCCUGGAUGCACUGAUUCAAGGCCUGAAAGAGACCUCCAGCACAGGUGAGGAGGCCCUGGCAGCUGCGGUGUGUUGCUACGAUGACCUCAGUCGCUUGCUGUGGGGACUGGAAGGUCUGCCGCUGACCGUGUCUGCCGUGCAGGGAGCUCACCCAGUGCUGCGCUACACUGAGGUGUUCCCACCAACCGCAGUCCGGCCAGCCUACUCCUUCUAUGAACAGCUGCAAGAGCGGGCCUCGCUGUUGCCCCGGCCUGACAAGCCCUGUCCAGCCUACGUGGAGCCCAUGACUGUGGUAUGUCACCUGGAGGGCAGUGGGCAGUGGCCGCAGGAUGCUGAGGCCAUACGGAGGGUCCGGGCUGCCUUCCAGCUGCGCCUGGCAGAGCUGCUGACGCAGCAGCAUGGGCUGCAGUGCCGCGCCACGGCCACGCACACCGAUGUCCUCAAGGAUGGGUUUGUGUUCCGGAUUCGUGUGGCCUAUCAGCGGGAGCCCCAGAUCCUGAGGGAGAUGCGGAGCCCCGAGGGGAUCAUCUCCUUGAGGGACACUCCCGCCUCCCUCCGCCUUGAGAGGGACACUAGGCAGUUGCCCCUGCUCACCAGCACCUUGCAUGGACUCCAGCAGCAGCACCCAGCCUUCUCGGGUGUGGCUCGGCUGGCCAAGCGGUGGGUGCGCGCCCAGCUCCUAGGUGAGGAGCUCACUGAUGAGAGCCUGGACCUGGUGGCUGCUGCCCUUUUCCUGCACCCUGAGCCCUUCACCCCUCCCAGCUCCCCCCAGGUGGGCUUCCUUCGGUUCCUUUUCCUGAUAUCAACCUUUGAUUGGAAGAACAACCCCCUAAUUGUCAACCUCAAUAAUGAGCUCACUGCGGAGGAGCAGGUGGAGAUCCGCAGUGUCUUCCUGGCAACCCGGACAAAACUCCCCGUCAUGGUCAUCAUUACCCCCCAGGAUCGCAAAAGCUCUGUAUGGACACAGGAUGGACCCUCCCCCCAGAUCCUACACCAGCUCAUGGUCCUGGCAGCUGAGGCCUUGCCUGUCCUAGAGAAGCAGCUAAUGGAUCCCCGGGGUCCUGGGGACAUCAGGACAGUGUUCCGGCCACCGUUGGACAUGUACGACGUGCUGAUCCGCCUGUCUCCCCGCCACAUCCCCCGGCACCGCCAGGCUGUGGACUCGCCAGCUGCCUCCUUCUGCCGGGGCCUGCUUAGUGAGCCGGGGCCCUCCUCCCUGAUGCCCGUGCUGGGCUACGAUCCUCCUCAGCUCUACCUGGCGCAGCUCAGGGAGGCCUUUGGGGACCUGGCCCUUUUCUUCUAUGACCAACAUGGUGGAAAGGUGAUCGGUGUCCUCUGGAAGCCCACCAGCUUCCAGCCCCAGCCCUUAAAGGCCUCCAACACAAAGGGGCGCAUGGUGGUGUCUCAGGGUGGGGAGCUGGUGAUGGUGCCCAAUGUAGAAGCCAUCCUGGAGGACUUUGCCAUCCUGGGCGAAGGCCUAGUCCAGGCUGUGGAGGCCCGAAGUGAGAGGUGGACCGUGUGA